AUGGGAGACGUCAAUAUCGAAUCCACAGAGGUGAGAUGUGAACUGCCAACAUCUGCAAGUCACAAUUCACCUGUUUGUUCAGCGCAGAGUUCACCAUAUUCUUCCAAUAUUAGUGAAUCAGAAAUUGAUAUUUCGUCGUUAUCACGGCAUUCAUCGUGUUCAUCAUUAAACCAACAAAAUGCACUAUCGCUGCCAGCAGUAACAACGAAUUCUACAUCACCAAAUCUAAUUUUAAAUGGGGGGUGUAGGAGUAUCUCAAAAACUUAUAAUAAUGGACGGGUCGAACAAGACGGUGCAGCACGUACUCGUCUAUCUUGCAUUCCUGAUAGUGCAAGUGAUGAAGAUAUAACUGCAGAAGAUAGUAGCAAUAACAGUUUUGGUGCGCAUUUUCGUUUCGAGCGACAAAACACUGUUGAACAAAGCGGCAUUAAAUUGCGUUCAGUGAAUGGUGUUACUCGAAGUGGAAAUGAACCGGAACGAAAAACUUCGCUACCACGUACUUUUACACCAUCCCCUAGUGUUUCGGGACGAUCAUCACCAGCAUGUCAUCCGGUACCUUCACAUUCACGUGUUGCAAAUAUACGUCGAGAAAGUAAUUGUUCAAUUGAAAGCGAACUUGCCCACGAAAGACUAAUGCAGUUCGCCCAACAGGUAUCUUUGGGAUUUGACGAUUUCAGUAUCGGAGAUAGUGCAGAGCGAAAAAGAACGCAUUCCCUUUCGGAGCCGAUUUCUGUUUUAACCAAUGCUUUCAUCCCGCACAGUUGUUCACCAUCACCGACACGAUCAGUUGAUAUACAAAAGCAGUGUUAUUCACCCUCAACGCAACAAGUUGUUCGUAACAACAUCACUUAUUCGCCAAGUCCAAGUCCAACACCUAGUCCUACGCGGCUUACAAUGCGAAGUCUGAGUCCUAUAGCCGUUCGCCAAGUGAUAAAACGUCGAUAUACCAGUUCAGCUGGUUGCGAAUUAGAUUCUGAUCAACGUGCAACACGGAUAGCGAAACGACUUUGUCAGCAAUCUCAUGUUAUAAGCCGUGGAUGCGUUUCUCCGCUUGCAUUGGAAAAUUCGGCAAGUUCCUCCGAAUCGGCAAUUAAAUCUCCGGAAUUGGCGAAUCCCUUUUCCUUUCCUUUUCCUCGUCUUCUGGUUGAUCCAGCAAUCGAAGUUAAAAUCUCUUCUCCUCCGAUGGAACUUGAUGACGAUGAAGACUCAGUGAGUGAACAGAGAACAGGUUCAAAGGGAUCAAAUGGCACGGGCAAAGCAGCACAGAUGAAAAAAGGCGAAUGA